AUGUCUUUAAAUCUUACUGGCACGCCUACCGACGUCGGUACAGGCGGUGAUACGCUCACCACGGACCUGAACACCCAGUUCCAGGCCGCUGACAUGGUAUGGGUCGGCACCGCUGCCGCUUUGGUGUGGAUCAUGGUUCCCGGAAUCGGUCUUUUGUACUCAGGUCUUUCGCGUAAAAAGCAUGCGCUAUCGCUGCUAUGGGCGUCCAUAAUGGCUGUAGGGGUUGUUUCCUUUCAAUGGUUUUGGUGGGGGUACUCGUUGGUCUUCUCGCAUAGCACUAGAGGCAACGGAUUCAUUGGUACCCUGCAAUUUUUCGGUUUUAAAGAUGUACUCGGUGCUCCAAGCUCUGUGACCUCCGUUCCAGACAUCUUAUUUGCUUUGUUUCAAGGUAUGUUUGCCAUGGUCACCGGUAUUUUGAUGGUUGGUGGUGCAUGCGAACGUGCUCGUUUGUUCCCAAUGAUGGUGUUCUUGUUUCUGUGGAUUACCAUUGUCUACUGCCCAAUCGCGUGCUGGACAUGGAACGCGGAGGGGUGGUUGGCACAUUUGGGAGCUUUAGACUACGCUGGUGGUGGUCCAGUGCAUAUUUGUUCUGGACACGGUGCGUUGAUUUACGCCCUGAUCCUUGGUAAGAGAAAUGACCCCGUUGCCAAAUCUGGAAUGCCAAAAUAUAAGCCUCACUCUGUGACUUCCGUCGUUCUUGGAACUGUCUUCUUGUGGUUUGGCUGGUUUGGUUUCAACGGUGGUUCUGCUGGUAACGCAACCAUCAGAGCCUGGUAUUCUAAUGUCAACACCAACUUGGCUGCUUCCUGUGCUGCUUUAUCCUGGAUGUUCAUCGACUACUUCAGAUUUGGCCGCAAGUGGACUACCGUUGGCUUGUGCUCUGGUGCCAUUGCUGGUUUGGUCGGUAUUACCCCAGCGGCCGGAUUCGUUCCCGUUUGGGCUUCCGUUAUUAUCGGCAUUGUUACCGGUAUCGGAUGCAACUUUGCUGUUGACUUGAAAAACUUGUUGCACAUUGACGAUGGUCUUGACGUGUACGCCUUGCACGGUGUCGGUGGUGCCAUUGGUUCUGUCUUGACUGGUAUUUUCGCUGCUGAUUACGUGAAUGACUCUGCUGGUUCGGAAGCCGCUGCCAUUGCCGGUGGUUGGAUUAACCACAACUACAAACAAGUGGGUUACCAAUUAGCUGCUAUUUGUUCCACUGUUGCCUGGACCUGCACCGUUACCGCCGCUCUUCUUCUCAUCAUGGACAGAAUUCCAUUCCUGAGACUAAGAUUGAGAGCUGAUGAGGAAGAGCUUGGUACCGAUGGCGCUCAAAUCGGUGAGUUCACUUACGAAGAACACGAAAUGUACAUCCCCGAGCCAAUCAGAUCUCACCAAUCUGCCCAGGUCCCAAAUCCUACCAACAUUGACGACAAGAUUCAGACCGACGAUGCUCCAAGCAGCAGUGAUCACACUGGUCACCCAACCGAGAAGGUUGUUGUUUGA